AUGCAAACACAAAACAAUUCCGAGGAGCAACCAUCAACAUCAAGUGAAGCUCCGAAAGAAGAAGACAGUCCUCCACACUUAACUUCAAUAUUUGAUGGCAUGUCAACAACUUCACACGCUGUCAAUCGAAUCACAACGCCGAGCACGGACGAGGUUGCGCCCGAGCGUCCAACGUCAGUUUUCGAAAGUUUACAAAUGCUCACCCGACUUCCAAUACGUCCUGAAGAGCAUUUCGUGAGAAAGCGAAAACGAGUGAGGAUUCAUUUUGAUCAAGCGAAUCCUUAUUCCGACAAUUCACCUCGAACACCUCAAAUAACACAUAGCAGAUGGGAUCCUCCACCGCAAGUGGCUGCAACGGCAUUGCCAAGCGUGAAUACAUUGUCAAUGUUUUCAUACGUCCCUAGCCCGGUUUACCCGUCACCGAUUAUGAAUGACGAGCCAAUGACAGAUGACGAACUUGUCAAAAUGAAAGGUCCAUCUCGGCUCAUCGGAUUUCUCGUACACAUUGCAAUGAAUGAAAAAGCAAGGAGGGCUUUGCGAUGGACUGGUAAUGGACUGGAAUUCGUUCUUGUGAAUAAGGAGCUGGUGGCUAAGAUGUGGGGGAACCGAAAACACAAUACCAAGGAUAUGGAUUACUAUAAAUUGUCCAGAGCCAUUCGGGAGAAAUAUGAGAAAAAGAACUCUUCGAAUUCCCGAGGUGGAGGAAAAUUGAAAAAGGGAACAAGAACAUAUUCCUACGUCUUCACCGAGAAUGCAUAUCCCGACCUUAUCAAUCAAACCGAAAAGUCGAUCGAAUUCAUAAACAACUUUGCAGUGCAAAUCGGAAACAAAUAUCACGAUAACAGCGACCUGAAUAACUCAAACUCCCCACAAGCACCCAGCCCGGUGAACAGUGAUUAG